AUGACAGCAACAUCACAGUUGCACAGAAGUACUGCAUAUCUAUCAGUGGCUAUAAUGAGAAGAAUUGGUGACCAAAAUGAUGACUGCAAUCACCGUAACUUACUGAUGGAUGGCACCAGAGGGACCCUUCUUCAGACUAGUUUGCAGAUCACAGAUAGCCCAACAGCAAGGCCAGUACCAGCAAUGCUGGCAGAAAAUUGGGUGAGGAGUUCAGGAAGCUCUGGGCCAGAUUUCUUCAGUGAAAGAAUUGUUGUUUCCAAAAAUUUUGAGAAGAAAAAACUGGACAUUGCUUUGUUUAUCAAAGAGCACAAUGCAGUAUGUGACAUGCUAAAAAUAAAGGAGGCGGUGAAUUCAAGGAUGAAGGGUAACAGUACGAGGUUGAUUAAGGGAGGAAAAAUUGGCGUUGGCAUUAACAAUGGAAAUGAUCUUGGUGUUGUGCAAAAUGGAUUUCAUCAUGUGGCUUAUAAGAUUGAACAAGCAGCAAGGUCGAACCCAGUAACUGUCAUUGUGAAAAAAUUUCGUUGCAGAACUUACAACAGGGCAAGAGAAAUGUUGAAGGUAAGAAAUUCAUUAACAUGGGCGUAUAGGCUGAUGCAAUUUUAA